AUGAAUCGAAUACUAUGGUUUGGCUUCUACGCGGCGGUGUUUGUGGCGAUAUACUUCAACACCCGUAAGCCAUCGCAAGUGCUGGAGGUGAUCCCCGUCUAUGUUCGCUUUGGCGACCGUGGAUUCAACUUCCCCGACUUGAUUGAGGUGAUCCAAAUACAAGUGGAUCACGAGGAGAGGUCGGUUCUUCCCCCUCAAUAUCAUGUGGAGCUUAAGGACUGCAUCACACCAGGAUCUCACAAGUGUGACAAUUACACUCGUGAUCAGGAUUACUCGCUUGAAUUGUUGCUUCUGGAGUCGAUCCAACUCGCCGUGGACGAGAACGAGCCCCAGGUGCAAUUGUGGUACAAUUUCGAGGCGAUUGAGGCCAACGAUCUUCCCUUUUACGCCACUCAGGCCAUCUUAUACCAUUUACUUGCGGCUGAUGCUGAAGUGGCUGGCGUCGACAGUAAAUUCAGGAAACGACCAGUUGAAGACGUAACCGUACAAGCUCCCAGCCUGUGGCCCGUGGCGACCUUUAUUGAGCGGGUGCUUCUGUACUACAAUGUCACCGAUAUCCGCUGGCAAAAGAAUAAGGACGAUACGGUGGAGGUAAUAGUAGGCAAUGGCGACAGUGCAGUUGAGUUCCCUACGUGGGACGAUAUGUGCUCCGCGAUUGAGGAGGCGUUGGGUCUCCCUGAACACCCCAACAACAACGUGGGACUUAAAAUUAAAGCUAUGCAGCGGGCUGAACGUAACCAUCUUCUUUAG